CGCUGCUACCCUGUCGAAUUCUUUGAUUGUACCUUGCCCUUUCCCAACAAUAUGGUUAUUCAAUUUUAUCAUCAAUCUUCUUAGUGAGAAUAUUGCCUCCAUUAUAGGUCUACCAAGCAUACAAUAGUGCAGCUAAAAAAAGAAUUGGGGUUUAUGAAUGACUUAAAGAAAGGGCAGGUACUAAAGUUUUUGAGUUCAUUUACUUUCUUGUCAUUUCCCUCCAAUUUCCUUACCUAACUAGACUAUCAAAAAACUUCUCUUUCCCCCCUUAGUUAAAAUAAUAAAAUAGGCUUGGCAGAAAAUAUACUUUUAUAGUAUCAUCUUUACUUUUAUGUUAUUAUUAGUAGACUAAUAGUUCCUGGUUAAAUUGUAUCUAUGGGCAUAUUUCAGCACUACUUAGGUUUCUGACAACUCUUGGUCAUUAUAAAGUAUUGGUGUCACCAAGUAAAAAUUUCCUGAAAUUUUGAUCAAAAUUUUGUCAGCUCCUUACUAGUUGCUGCCUAGUUGAGAAAGCUAGAUUCUGUCUAGCUUAUAAGUCAAGGUGUAGUAGCAGAAAGAUAGAGGAAAAGAAAAGUAAUUGGCUGUACUUAAACUUAGUCAAUAGUACAAGUGAGAAAGGUUCUUUAGCUGUGAAACGAAAAAAGUUGCUGCUUUUUAUUUAGUUGUAAGGCUAAAAGGGAAGUGGAUAUACUACAAUUGAAGCUCAUCCAUCUAAAUCUUGAUAAAACUUCAGGUAUUUGCUGUGAUAAUGAUUUUCUUGGAGUAACAAAGUUUUGGUUCAUGGAAUAGAAUAACCAUUUCUUUUAGUGAUUGUACUUAAGGGGCUUGUUUUUUCAUGGAAAUUGGAGGGGUAAAUGCCAUGUGGUGAGCUCAGAGGUUAGCACAUGGCUUUCUCAGAUUUCAAAGUGUUGGCACAGUAGUUGGUUUUAAGAUUUCAAGAGAAUCAGUUACAGAGGAAGACCACUAGAUUGGUGUUAGCAAAAACAAAAAAUACACUUCUCUAGGUAGAGUAAAAAAAAUGAAUUUGGGAAUUGUGAGUCUAUGUAGAGGAAACAGCCCAGCAAUUUAAUCUUUGUUUGCAUUUCUAAUCUCAUUAUUUAAAACCUUCUAAACCACUUCUUUUCUUCCAUUUUUAGCUCCUUUUUUGGCAGUUACCAGUUUCCUUACUGCCAAUUUAGCUUAGUUUCUUAUGCACUGUUCACAGCUUAGACUCAUGCUAGUGAAGUGCAAUAUUUGCUUUCAUGAGUGAAUCUUGAAGGUUUAUUCUUUGACCCUUUCUUAUACAAUCUCUAGUCUCUUCAAUCAAGAUUGGAAGUGUCAAUCAUCUUGUUGAUGUCCAUGCUUCUUCUAUCCAUUAGUACAUUCAUCAAAAUUACUCUUCUUUUAAGAAGAGAGAAGAAAGUUCCCAUCUUUCACUUUCCUUUAUCCAGCAUUAAUUAAACUUUUACAAGUGCCACCUGAUUGGGUAUAACAUUCCUCCUUUUCCCCUUUUUGUUCCCCUUAUUUCUUUUGCAAAAUCUUGACAACCCCAGAUCAAAUGUCGUCUUCUAUGUCUAUCCUCAGAAGCUCUGUGCCGUGGAUUGCUAUUCUUGUUCCACCAUACUUGUUAUGUGCCAAUUUUUUAGGAUAUGGAGUUGUUUCUACUUCCAUUACUACUUCACUUUUGGUAGCAUCUACCGUAGCUUUCACAUUCUCAAAACAAAAACAUAGUAUCCUGAAGGAAUCAUCAGUUCAAGAAGCACCAUGUGUCAACAGUCAGCUGGAGGAACAUUCAUCUCAAGUUAAGCAAAUUGUAUCAGACCAGCAACCUCAAAAUGUCGACUUUGGACAGGUUGACGAAGUUUUCUCAGUCCAAAAUCCAAGAAUUGAAAAUGGGGUGGCUCAAAUUCAUGAUUUAUAUUCAGAAAGUGAGAGUCUUGGUGGACCUUCAUUUUCAAGUGAAGAUUCUGAUAUUGACUGGCCAUUCUCAGGUGAGUUGGAACAAAGUCCAUUAUGCUCAGAUGGUUCAAUUUCUGAUGAGGAAAGCCUAAUUGAAAUAGCACUUCCAAGUGGUCAAUUUGUAAAAGAUAGUCCCAACUUGUCUUUUCAUCAGCAAGACCAAAAGGUAUUUGCAGAUUUAGUACCAGAAUCCAUUUUUCAGCAGCAUUACCUAGUGGAUUUCUUGACUGAUAUAAGUGAUGUGUAUGAAGAAGACAAUUUGAUAGAGAUUGACAUAUCUAUGGGAUCCAUCAAAUGUUCAGGAUAUGAGAUUGCAGCAUGAGUUGCUGUAUACUAUUUAAUUUUCUUGAUGUCUACUUUUCUAUUACUGAUUUCUUUAUAAGUGGCUGAAGUUUUUUGAUCCUUAAUGGAUUUUGUGCUUAUUAAGGGCUUUCAAGAAUAGGAGCCAAAUUCCAUUUUCUUUGUUUAUGAACAGUAAAGUUUGUGCUUGCUAGUCCAUAGACUUUGCCCACUGAAAAGAGACUUCGGAUACCAAUCAAAGCAGUUGUAUUACUGGUGGCCAUUUGUUUUCUCUUGAUGCACAUUAAAGUGUUAUUAAAAGUUUAAAUGAUCCUGUUUCUAGGCCAAUUAAUAAAUUAAUUAUUGUUCUAUUUGAA